CUCAGACGAUUUUCACUUUCAAAACUCGAUCAUUUCAAACAAUCUUACCACCAAUCUCCAAUGUUCUAUCUCAAGCCAUGGCGUUUUCCGGCACAGAGACUCAGCCACCGUUGAUCAAACUCACUCCUCUCACUGAAAUUCAGUCUGUCAAAUGCGACUGCUGCUGCUUCACUGAGGAAUGCACUCCGGCCUACAUCCACCGCAUCCAGGAAAGCUACCAGGGCCGCUGGAUUUGUGGCCUCUGUGUCGAGGCCGUCAAGGACAUGGUACAGAGAUCCCACACGGCCAUCUCCACCGAGGAAGCGCUGGACCGCCACAUCAGCUUCUGCAAGGAGUUCAGGGCCUCUUCUCCUCCUGCUGAAACAGAGCACCCAAUCAUUGUCAUCAGCAGGCUUCUCCGUCGCAGACUGGAAUACUCUCCCCGAAUGCUUCACUCCAACUCCAGCCGUUCCUUUCCCAAUAUGGAAGGCGUCAAGGCUUCAACCGGACUCCUUCGAUCUGAAAGUUGUUUCCCAGCGCAGUCAAAGUGAAUAUCAAAACUCUCUUAUCUCCCAAAUGUUCUAAUUUCUGAACAACAAUGAUACACAGCGAAUAAACAGCUCUAAGCUUCAAAUCUUCUUCCGAUUAUGUGCAUUGUUAUCAAAUUUACUUCCAUAUCUUUCUCCAUAUACCAUAGUUGAAGUUGUACUGAGUCGAUUGCUCGGCGCAGUCAGUUGUCCAAAAAUGGUUUGUUUGGAAUGUAAUCAGACAACAAAAACUUGACAUAAAUGGUAAACACAUAA